ACAUAAAUAAUUUUAAACAAUUUCAAUGUAAACAAAGAUAUUGAUUUUUAAAGUCAAUCUCGAAAGAUCUCAAACACACAACGAAAAUGUUAGCUGCACAAACUACAACAACAACGACAAAUCCAUCAUUGGAAAAUAGUCAUACAUUGACACAAAUCAAAAAGGAACGUCGUGAUUCCUCAACAUCAGAUUCAUCCCUAGAACAAUUGGAUCUGGGGCGUACACCAAAGAAACUAAAUACACACACAUCCGCAACUUCAACGCCACACUUAACCAAUGGCAAUGGCUGCUCACAAACAGAACGUCUUAUUCCCACCAGCCACAAUUCAGAUGCUGCGCACAUCGAACAGCAAAAAACUGCAUUUACAGAUUCAGAUGAAGCCAACGAUGAUGACUCAGCGAAUGAGAAACAAAAUAGCAUACGUUCACAGCGGCACCAUAAGAGGCGCGUUACCGGAUGGCUUGAUAAACGUACAAAUGUUAAACUAGAAUACAACGCGGAUAACCCGAAUUCUUUGCGUAAGAAAUUUCGUUUGAAUCGUAGUAGCGCAGAUAUCAGUAACAAUACAAAUUCACUAACUAAUAAUGAGUCCGGUUUUGUGGAUGCAAGUGGAAAUAGUCAAUAUUUGAAUGCAUCUACAGUUUCAGCAAUGAAUGCGCAACAGUCACAAAACUCACCUCAAAUAUCCGCCGCAGUGUCGCAAACAUCGUCCGCAUCUUCAUCACCGCAUGGUGCUGGCGGUGCUGCAUCUGUUUCUAGUCCAGAAUCUGGCAUUGGCGAAAGAGAGGAUGUCAAAUAUAUUUGUCCAAUUUGCGAGGUUGUCUCCGCAACGCCACAUGAAUUCACCAAUCACAUACGCUGUCAUAAUUAUGCCUCGGGCGACACUGAAAAUUUUACAUGUCGCAUUUGCUCUAAGGUACUUUCAUCUGCCUCGUCACUUGAUCGCCAUGUACUUGUCCAUACUGGUGAGCGUCCUUUUAACUGCAAAUAUUGCCAUCUGACAUUUACAACAAAUGGUAAUAUGCAUCGCCACAUGCGCACUCAUAAACAGCAUCAACAUAAUCAUCAUCGUCGCAACUCGAAUGGAACUAAGAACAAUAACAAUAACAACACUAAUACCAACAACAACAUUAGCUCCAGCAACACAACCAGUAUAGUUGGCACCGCAUUGCUGUCAGCAACACCUGCCGCCGCCACCAUCUCUUUUUCUAAUGCCAGCAAUGCUACUAAUGUGCAAAUGAUAAACGGCUUCAGUAGUGAAGUUGGAAAAGCAACAACCACAAUGCCGUUGACUGUGUCGUCAGCAGCUACAGCCAAGUUAGCAGCAGCAAUGAAUAUCACAGGUGCAAACAGUAAGCGCUUAAAUAGCAACGGCAUAGAAAGUUAUGAAAGUGAUGGAGGUUGCUCAACAGACUCAUCAAGUGCCAUCAGCCAGAGCUCAAAUAAUCGCAACAACAACAACAAUAUUAAGACCAACAACAAAAAUAAUAAUAUCAACAACAACAACAAUAACAACAGUAAUAAUCACUGUAACAACGUAACUAAUUUCAAACGCAAAAAUAGUGAUAAUCGCGUUGACGCCGACGACAAUACAAUGAUGAAGCGACGCGUGAAGACCACAAUUAACAAUAACAUAAUCGGUGCUAGCGAUGAAAACCGUCUAACAUUAUCGGAGGGGCCUAAUCUACAUACAAAAACAUCAACAGCGCAUUCCUCCGAAGUGCACAUACUCACUUGCCCUGUGUGUAAUGAGUCCGAUUUUGUUAGCAUGUUAUUGCUUGGUGAACAUAUGGAUGCAGAACAUCCUGACAUACCAGCGAAAUGCCGUCAUUGUGAUGUCAUAUUUCGCACACAUCGUCAACUCAAUGAGCAUCCAUGCUCACAUAAAACUCAAGCAAUUUCAGGAGUGACACUUGAAGAUUUGUCCAAUAAAAAAUUCCCUCACAUGGCAAAAGUGCUCUCCGAGCAAAACAUGCGCACAGCAAUUGCAACUCAACAAUUUGAGUGCCCAAAAUGUUGUCAUAACUUCACGCUUGCUAAGGAUUUGGAUGCACAUUUGCGCGAAUGCAUACAAGAUGAUCCAAAGCAGUUGUCAUACUCACAACAGCAGAAUCGCAAUAGACUUCGCAGUCUCAGCGAAAGUUCAGGUGAUGCAGAAGAAGUAGAUGACAACGGCCAUCCUCACCAACGUGAGGAAUUCUUUCGGCAAUUAUAUCUUCAAAAUAAAACUUUAAAUCAACAGGGCAUGUAUUCGGUUGCCUCUCCUCAGCACUCCGCUGCCGAUGAUCUAGAAAUUAGUAUCAAAAUUGAAACAGAUAAUGAGAAGUUAGCACAUAACUUGAGCCAACAGUCCCAGGAUUCUAGAGAUUUCGCAGAUAUUCAGUCAAUCUUAAAUAUGACUUCACCAUCUUCUACAUCAAAUUUCUUAAAGAAUUUUGAGCAGUCCGUUAAUACACCCUCCAGCAAUUACAGUUUGGAUAAAGAUGAGGAAGAAGCACAAGACGUUUUCACAGCAGAAUUUCGCAAAAUGAAACUGCGCGGUGAAUUCCCUUGCAAACUGUGCAAUGCUGUUUUUCCAAAUUUGCGCGCACUUAAAGGACACAAUCGUGUGCAUUUAAGUUCUGUUGGACCAGCUGGUCCUUUUCGUUGCAACAUGUGUCCAUACUCUAUAUGUGACAAAGCUGCACUUGUGCGUCAUAUGCGCACACAUAAUGGUGAUCGCCCGUACGAGUGUGCUGUCUGCAAUUAUGCUUUUACGACAAAAGCCAAUUGUGAACGACAUCUGCGCAAUCGCCAUGCUAAGACAACACGUGAUGAAGUGAAACGUGCCAUAAUUUAUCAUCCAUCUGAAGACUCAUCUUGUGAUGAUCCUAAUAAGAAGUUGCAUUUGUUUUCAUCACCUGAAUUUGAUGAUGACAUUGACUUGCCAUAUCAACACCACCAGCCAAAAGAUCGGUCCACACCUGUUUCGCAUUUGAAAGAAAUGCUCACAAGCGAAAAUACUACUUCAAAACCCAUGAAAAUCCAAGUUAAAAGUUUAGAGAAGUUGUUGGACAAAUCUUCAACUAGUAGCUAUAAUGAAAAUUAUGAUAGCUGCCGCACACAAACUACAGCAGCUACACCAGAAACUACGCCUAUGGACUUAAGCACAAAUGUUUUAGACUUAAGUAAAAAACCAGCUACUAAAUCGAUCAAUAAUGAUGCGCAACAAUCUCGUCCAGUUUCACCUGUUGCCAUGAAACCGGAAAUAAGUUCUGUACAAAAGAAUAUCCAGCUACCACCGAACGAAGUACCCAAAUUCGAUCUUUCCUGGGACAAAUUUCUUCUCGAAAAUAAUAAACAACUAUUUCCUGAUAUACUGAAUGGAACAUUGCCAAAAUCAUUUCCAUUAGAUCAAGCGCAAUACUUUCAGCAAUCUAUGCAAAUGGAUCGUGCAAAGUAUCUUCAACAGAUAUAUAUCAAUCUUAUGUUUAACCAAGCACUCUUGCAAAAAUCUCUAUUGCCGAACAACUUGAAUGAAUUUCAAGAUUUCGCUCCAUUCAUGAAUCAUCUACCACUUGGGCCCACAUUAUCCGCGCCUUCGUUGCCAAUAAUGGAUCCAAGUAAAUCUAAUGUCAACCCAACUACAAACUCAGCAGCUGCUAUAUUGCCACAAGUAAGUCCACUCUUAUCAGAUAAACCCAACACUCCUCCGUUUUCGUCGCCUUCAACUGUUCCGAAUCGUGCAUUGUUACCACAAGCAAUACCAUCCCCUACACCAUCAAACCGAAAUAUGCUUAAGCACAUAUCGCCCACAGUAUUACCCGGUGGACCAGUGAAGAUGGUUAUCAAAAAUGGUGUAUUGAUGCCAAAACAAAAACAGAGACGUUAUCGCACUGAACGUCCUUUCGCCUGCGAGCAUUGUUCAGCCAGAUUUACAUUACGCUCAAAUAUGGAACGACAUGUUAAACAACAGCAUCCACAAUUUUAUGCACAACGUCAACGUAAUGGUCACCAUGUCAUGCGUGGACGCGGAGUGAGCAACGCAGCUGCUAUGAAUAACAUAACGCAUUUGCAAGCCGCUUUUGCACAGGCUCAAACUAAUAGCAAUAAUGGAAUGGGUGCACCUCCAAUAUCUGAACAAGUUAAAUAUGCCAUACUUGCUCAACAACUGAAAGCCCGCAAGGACACAGAUCUCUUGCAGCAAGCGUUAGCACAUGGUUCCAGUAGUGUGCAACCAAGUCAUAUGCUUUCAAAUAACAGCAACACCGGAAUGCCGACUAUGACUAAUGGUCAGCCAUUUAGUUUUAACCCUUUGAACACUGUUAACUCAAAUGGUGUCGAAGAUGAUGAGCCCAAACUAAUUAUUGACGAAGAAGAUGAGGAUGAAGCAGAAGAAAUACAUGAUGAUGAUGAAGAUGACGACGAAGUGCAAAAAAGCAUUGAUUUAAACGAAAGUUUGCCAGAAGAACAGUUACCAACACCUGUUGUUGAAGAAACUGUUCCUGCAGAAAGUACAAAAUCAAUUGAAGCUGCUAAGAAAGUUGCCGAGACAAUACUCGAACAAGCUAUAAAGGCAGGAAAGAAUACUGAUGUUAUCGUAAAGCCCGAAGCGCCUGCACCACCAGCACACACUAUGAAAUCUAUGAUUGCUCAAGCGGAAUCUGUAGGAAAAUUCUUAAAAAAAGUUGCAAGUUCACCUUUCAAAGAUGAAUCUCAAGAUCUAGUACCUGUUUCAAAACUAGUUGAUAAUGCCACCAGCAACUCAGUGUCCUUUAAUAGUUACUUUCGCCCAAGUGACGUAGCCAAUCAUAUGGAACAAAGUGAUGAAGAAGGUCUGGUGGCUUCUGGUAGUGCCAGCGAAAGUAACAAUUCCGGCACUGAAGAUAUUGCCACUGCUACAGAACCUAAAAAAAAAUCUGCAUAUAGUUUAGCGCCAAAUCGUGUUUCAUGUCCAUAUUGUCAACGCAUGUUCCCAUGGUCAAGCUCAUUACGACGUCACAUACUUACACACACUGGACAAAAACCAUUUAAGUGUUCACAUUGUCCAUUGCUUUUCACAACCAAGAGUAACUGCGACCGUCAUUUACUACGCAAACACGGUAACGUCGAAUCUGCUGUAUCAGUUUAUGUACCAACUGAAGAUGUUACCGAACCCAUUCCUGUACCAAAAUCCGUGGAAGAAAUAGAGCAGCAACAAAGACAACGCGAAGAAGAAGAACGUAAAAGAAAAGCCGAAGAAGUGAAAUUAGAACGAGAGCGGCUUGAGAAAGAACAACGACAAAUGCAAUUAAAUGAACAGGAGCAACAGGCGAAUAAACAAGUCAUAGCUAAUCAACUGCAAGCCAACACAGCCAGCAGUAGUCCGAAAAUUGAAAAUAGUACAAUUUCUUCUUCGGAACUGCCAUUUAAAUGUCAUCUAUGCGAAAACUCUUUUGCUGAACGUGCACAAUGCUUGGAACACAUCAAAAACCAGCACUCACAUGAAUUUGCUUUGUUACUUGCAAAAUGUGCCAUUGAAACAGAAGCCGAGGGCAAUGCUAUGAAUGGCGCUGAAGAUGAAGAACGUCGUCCAAGCGAUGAAGGCAGCAUGCCACGUACUGGCAAAUAUCCUGAUUACAGCAAUCGUAAAGUGAUUUGUGCAUUUUGUGUACGCCGGUUUUGGUCAACUGAAGACUUACGUCGCCAUAUGCGCACUCAUUCAGGCGAAAGACCUUUCCAGUGCGAAAUUUGUCUUCGCAAAUUCACUCUAAAACACAGUAUGCUACGUCACAUGAAAAAACACAAUGGACGUCAACAUAAUGGCAACAAUAAUGGUGACUUCUCUGCCGCUGGCAAUAGUGGUUCGGAGUGUUCAGACGAUGAGCAAACUACUCCAUGUGUACCUUCUCCAACAAAUUCAAUACGUACACCCGAUAAAAUUCAAGAACUUUUAACGAAAGCUAAUGAAUGGCGUACGAGUCGUGCACUCUCAACACUCGGAGAGCAAAAGGAAAAUAUAUCUGAAGAACAGAACAAUCAAAGCGACCUCAUCGGAAAAUUGCUAGGCAUCAGCGAUCAAGGUAUUUUGAAUAAGUUGCUAUCAUCUGCUGAUGAAGCUGCAAAGUUAUUGGGAGUCGAAAAAUAGAUAUUAGAUUAAAUUAAUUAAUAUAAUUCAAACAAGAGCAAUAAAAACAAAACAAAUAAUAUAGAUUUAGCUCUCAUAGCGCUUUUCAUAUAUCUAGAUCUUGUUAUUUUUUCUCCCUUACUCUCAUGCUGUCUUUCUCCUUCUCUAGUCAAUUGCUUAAACUUAGUUUAUCAAUAUAAAUAAAUGCUUUGGGUAACAUAAAUCGUAAAUUUUUAAUUCAAAGCUUCAUGUGGGCAGAAAACGCCAAAUAAUUUAAUUGUUUAUAGAAAAUACAACUCUAU